AUGGGGCCGAUUACGAUCACCAACGAGACACAGUUUGUUCCGGUACCGAUCCCUUAUCCGUCCGACCACGUUCCACCGAGAAGCAGAUGCCAAUAUACACCUGCAGAGCUAGAGGAGUUGAAGAAACUGUUGAACUUUUCCAAUAAGACAUUCGAGGAAUUCAUCGAGGGGAUCAAAAAACUCAAUUCAUCCAUGGAAAAUAUCGUUAUACAGUUGAAUAGUUCACACGGGCCACUCGGUGAAGCGAUCAUCGUAUGUUACGUACAACUGUAUUCGGAAAUGAACGAGCCAUUCAGAUCUCAGAUGGCUAAAUGUGACUACAUCAUAGUGUGUGACGACACGUGUGAUCGAAGCAAUCCAUUGUUGCCUAAUCGGAGCACAAAUUCUGGAGACAAACUGUCUCAGUUGAAAGAUUCAGCGCAGCAUGCCACGUUCAUGCUAUCAAUUGUUGUGAAUCCAUUCGAGCUUCAAGCCGAUAAGGGUGGCGAUCAGUUCUGUCACGAAAUUGAGCACUGCUUGGAUGGAGAGCUGUACGAUGGAAUCGAUUUGGAUUUCGAUCCAACGAUGCUGGAUGUGGCCGAUCAAACGAACUACGCUCGGUUUUUGAAUAAACUGAGAAGACGACUCAAUCCUUCCUUCAUCAUUUCGACUACGAUCGGUGCGCAACGAAUGGUUCCAGGCCCGAUGGUGGAUGCCUUUAUUGAAUCUCUGAAUUUUAUUGUAAUAACGAGAGAUGACACUCCAUCGAAUAAAGAUCAUGACGAAGAGUUUGUCCUUCGUAAGUAUCCACGUUCGGUGAUCGACAAUAUGCUGGACGUUGGAUUUCCACCGGAGAAGAUUGUUUUGGGACUGCAGACAGCUGGAGUAGUAACGAAUCCCUCGUAUGAGAAGGAGCAAUAUUUCAAGAAAUGCUCAAAGAUUGGUUUGAUUCCCUAUGGACAGGUUUGUGAGUUGCGGGACCAAAGUAAGCGAUUCUGUAGUUGGCGAUACGAUCGUCGCUGCUUAAUUUUUGACGGUCAAUCCAAGGUGGUUUACGAUACCUCAGAAUCGGCAAAAGAGCGAGCACUCCAGUGUACUAAGCGUAAUUUAAAAGGCGUGUCUGUUCUAUUGAAUCAGGAUGAUGAUGCGGGAAUAUGUGAAGAAAAUAAAUUUCCUUUGCUGAAUGCAAUCGUAGAGGUCUUCGAAAACUAUGGUGGUGCAGAGUGUGCGGCAGUAGAACAGGUCGAUGACGAUAAAACAAGUGUUGACGAGGAUCGUCUUUCAAAUGAUCUAACACGACUGGAGAGAGCAAUUGAAAAUAUCGAUAAGGUGACCGGUUUAUUGCAAAAUAUUGUUAGUUUCCUGUUUCGUACAAUGGAUAAAGUAAUUGAUAUGGUGAUUUCAUUUACCGGGAAAAAAACUGAUAAUCCCAAAGACGCAGACGCAGAAUUAGAUAAUGGAGAUACCAGUUAUGAAGAAGGUAGUGAUAAUUCGAAUGCUUUAGAAAAUGUAGAACCUAGUUUAGAAUCAGUACAUCAGAUAGACAUGGAUUCCAUCAAGGAUGAAUUGCCUAAAAAUGUUGCAGAUGGUAUUGGUAUACCGCAUCAGGAUGCGGUUCUGAAUCAAAUGUAUGAUGGCAAGGAUGGCUUAGAAGUGAUUUAA